AUGAGGUUGAUAGUACUGUGUAUGUUACCGUUGGUGUUGUGUGAUAGUUCUGAGGAACUGUCUGGUCUGGUGACAGUUGUAAAAUCCUCGUUACAGGAGCAAACGGAUAAAGUAAAAUCAAUCACUGAACGUUCAGACGACAUGAUCACUGACGGAACUAAAUACUUAAAGGACUUUGGCAAUAAUUUAAAGAGUUUGUAUCCAUUUCUGAGACACGAGUCUACAGUGCCGUUUUUACGCAUAAUUCAGGAGUUUAUCGAUACUAAGACUGGAUUAAGGCGUGAAAUCUCAAACGCAAUUGACACUACAAAGCUCGAGUUAAAACGCGCUAAAAAGGAGUUUUCAAGCUCCGACAAGCUGUUUAAACGGAUCAUGGCCACGGUAAACUUGGGAAAUAAGCCAGACACCGGCCGAGCAGCAGGAACCACGUACAUGCCCAAGGAUAGAAUUGUAGAGCUAAUUAAACCACACGUCAAAUCCAUCACAAUGGCGUCGGGAAGGAUUAACGAAAUCGAUGACAAGUUAAUAACAUUGCAAAAGGAAAUGAAGUCAAAAAAUCUCAGACUGGAUGCGAGUAGUAAAUUACUAUUGAAUUACAGAUUCUUGCUCGAGUUGGUGAUUAAAUCCCGUGAGCAAACUGUAAAUAGUAAAAACACACUCAUGAGCAGCAUAAAUAUGAAGGAUAAAGUUACAUACAACUUCAAUAGACUUAAGUCACUACUAGAAAAGGGUAAAGUCCUAAUCGAGGAAAGUAAUAAAAAAGAGCUUUACACCAUAGAAAAACAAAAACUAACACAACUCCAAACGAAAAUAAAUAUCGAUAAAAGGGAAUUGUGUAAGAUGAAUAACAAGGUGAUGAAGGAAAUUGAGUAUAUGAAGUCGUUGCUGCUCAAGUCAGAGGAGUAUGAAAAGAUAAUCAAGCAGGUGGGAGAAAAGAACAUAAAAUCGCCAGAUUCCGCCUAUAAAAAGUCACAGCAUUACUACCAGCUGAUUGUGAUCCUCGGGAACAAAAUCCAGGAAAUGGGAAACAAAAUCAAACUUCUCAAGCUCAAAUCGACGGAAAUGCUACAAAACAGCUCAACAAUGUUUGGUGAAAUGGAAAAUGUCAUGAAAAGGAAAAACACACUAGGCGCCAGGAAACCGAAAAUCAACGAAAUUAGAAUCAAAAAAAGAAGCACAAAAGGGAAAGAUCUAGACAACGUCGGCAUCGCAAGCGAUACAGACGAACAAUCCGACACAGAAAGUGAUUCAGAAAGUGAUCAAAUUAGCACUGAGAGCAGCAGUUCCAGUAGUAAUUCAGUUGGUAAAGUAAGAAAUAAGAAAAGAAGAACGAGACAAUCAUUGGAUAAUUCCAGGGGUUCAAGUAGUUCCAGUGGUACGGAAAGCUCAGCUCCACCCGUAAGACCAUUACGCAGAAGAAAAGCUAAUACUCCAUCUGGCAGUGGAUCUUCUAGUGCAUCUGCUAGUGGAUCGGCUGGUGAAUCUGUUAGUGGAUCUGUUAGUGGAUCUGUUGGUGAAUCGGCUGGUGGAUCUGUUGCACAAUCGACAAAUCCAUUUGCAGUUUCGUUUAAUCCAAAUAAUCCCUUCAACACUGGUGAAAUUAGCUCUGAAAGCAGUAAUAGUAGUGAGAGCAGCAGUGAGAGCAGCAGUAGUGAGAGUGAGAGUGAGAGUGAUGGAUAUGACACGGCUGAUAGUGAAGAUGAAAGUACGCCAAUUUUACCCUUGAGAAGACGCCGUACAAGAUCCCGUGACACAGCCAGUGCUAGCAGUCACCCCGCCACGAAAGUUGAAAGCCCCGAAUCUUCAAAUACACAAAGUGAACAAAGUGUACAAAGUGUACAGAGUGAAAGGGUAAAAAGUGAACAGAGUGAAAAGGUGAAGAGAGGAAUAAAGUCAAAAAUAGGAAAGGCGUUGGGAUUUAUAAGGGAUGUCAUUACAACUCCAAUUAAUCCAAGGAGAGAUCAAACAAGCUGGGAAUCCGCGGGAACUGAGUCCACCAGGGCUGAGUCAACUGGAUCUGAUUCAGAAGAAUCAGACGACGACGAAGAUGAAAUUGUCACCAGGAGAUCACCGAUUCCUGGUAAUCACAGUAGUUCCAAUAGUUUUGCGGGACCGUAUCCGAGGUUUAAUCCAUCAACAAGUGGAACUAGUGGAUCAGCUUCAAGAAGUGCAACAAUUGGAAUGAUAAGAGGAACAUUGGGAGAAGUGGAGAGUGAGUUGAAUAGUCGAUUUAUAGGAUUAAGAUUAGACGGAAGUAGACGUUCUGAGGCGAUAAAAUUAGUAGGAUUGGCAUAUGAGUUAAAAAACCAAUUCGAAAUAGUAACUAAAAAUCUGGACAAAUCCGUAGCAGAAAGCGCAGUCAGAAUUAUUAAAACAGUUUUAAUGGACGUACUACACACAUACCUCACAGGAGUCUGCGCCAAAGUACUGAAUAUCACAGACCUAAGAUUAUACAACUAA